AUGAUGACUAAAAUGUUGUAUGACUCCAUCGCUUACCCUCACAAAGGGCUCAAGCGCUUCUUCUUCAACUUCUUCUGGCUGCCCCUCGAGAUCUACACCAUCCCACACGUUUCUCCGCGUGGCACAUUUGGAGUGAGCCACAUACGUACAACCCUUGAUGCAAGAAUAGCCUCCGUGAGUAUUGUCGAUUCCUCUACGACAAACACCACAAGACCAAUCUCCUUGACCGAAAGAAGGAGUCAAAGAGAUACGAUGAUGAGGAUGACGUGA